UGCAGGCCUCCUCUUCUACUUUCACGUACACAAUCGUCCACCUCUUGACCAGCACAUCCAUUCCCUGCUUCUCAUCGCCAUAUUUGGAGGUUCAAUAAGUAUUAUGAUUGAAGUGUUUUUGAGGGACAACAUUGUCUUGGAAAUGUUCCGCUCCAGCCUGGCAAUACUCCAGGGGACCUGGUUCUGGCAGAUUGGAUUUGUGCUAUACCCCCUUGGACAUGCCCCUGAGUGGGACCAGAGCGAUCAUGAGAAUAUAAUGUUCAUAACCAUGUGCUUCUGCUGGCACUACGCCGUGUCCCUGAUUAUUAUAUCUGUAAAUUAUGGGUUGGUGUACUGGUGUUUGAAAAGAAAUAAGGGUCUGGCUGGAGAUGUGACCAUCGGUAUUAGGAAAUUAAACUCCAAUAACCAGGGCGAGAUGCAGACUGCUCUGCUCGCAGCCUCCGAUGAGGAGUAAGUAUUAGAAAGGGAAUGAAUGAGGACAAAGGAUGAUGGCCGCCAUUUGGACCCUGAACUAAGCCUCUGCAAUACAUGGUGAAGCCUAGAAGAUGAUCUCUUCACUGUUCUUCAUGUCACUUGGGUAGUGCUCACCUCAUGGAGACCUCUACUCUGUACUCUGGAAGGAAGGAUUCAUUACACACGAGCUCUGGGUGUGGAUACUUCUAGAGUUGAACUCUGAACACUGAACCAGCACUGUCCUGACACGCUAUCUCCAUAUUACACCCCAGGGCAGAGUUCAUCGUGGAGUGACAUAACUUGUAGAUUGUAAUUUAUUGAACAGACUACGUAUGCUCUCCAUCUGUGUAGCUUCUACAUUCAGGGAAUGGAAAUGUGGUAAUUUCUGUGGAUAUUUUAUAACUUUUGAAGAUAAAAUAAAUUACACUGG